AUGGCUGCGGUUCAACUCCCUGCCCCCUACGUCUGGACAGCAGAUAUAUGUAGGACGACCCUUGGAUGCAUUUGUCAGGCAAUGGACACGAGUAACAACACCGAGGUGACGGUCAAGGUUGUGAAUUACUCACAACUCUCCCAGGAGGAGGCGAACGCCCUGGCCCACGAGGCGCGCGCCCUUUUAUACCUCAAUCACGAUCACGUUGUCAAGACAUAUAACACAAUCAUAGCUCCCGAGACUUACACAAUAUACAUUAUCAUGGAGCCGUGUCUAGGAACUUUGGGGACGGCAAUACAGGUCAUGAGCGCAUACGGCCAGCAGAUUCCCGAGGAGCACAUCUGGUACAUCGCUGCCGAGGUCGGGUCUGCUCUUAAGUAUCUCCACGAGCCACAUGAGAAGAUGAUGAUUGACUGGUACUCUGCUGAAAUCCCUAUAGGGCCUGUCGUUCAUGGGUAUCUCACGCCUUCCGACAUCUUUAUUUCUCGCGAUGGAAAGUGCAAGGUUGGUGGAAUAAGCCCGACGCAGUCGGCAUGGGAGAUCCGCUCGGGCAACGCUGACCUGGGCAGACUUUUCCUCCAAGCCCCAGAGAUCUUAGAUAUGCAGCCGAAUAUCACAGAGAAGGUCGAUAUCUGGUCGUUGGGGACGACUCUCUUCUUUAUCGCUGCCUUUCAAUCAGUUUGGAUCUCCAGUGACUACGCUAGUAUAGUCGCUGAGAUAAAACACGGGAAGAUCCAGCGCCUCCCCGAUAGGUAUUCCUGCGAGCUUGACGGCUUUAUAGCUCGGUGUUUGCAGGUGGAUCCGAUGUACCGUCCAUCCAUUUUGGAGCUGCUUUUGGAGCCCCAGAUCAACGACGUCAUGCGUUCAGUGUGCGAGGGGUCUGUUCCGUCUAUGCGCUAUCUCCUUGGGCUAUCUGAGGAGUCCGAGUCUCAGCCGCCCUCUAUGCAGCCUGAGGAGCCAGCGGCACCUGCUGCGCCAAUCCAAGAGCAGCCCGAAGAGCAACCUCAGAGAGACCCGAUGCAGGUGGAGCGCAUCUCUACACCCAUGUCUGGGUCGCUCACCGCUGAGCCCAGGGCCCCUGAAAAUCUUGAGCUGCCUCCUUUGCCGACAGACACUCCGACAGUUUCUACUCUUGAACCUUCCGAAAUGGCUGUUUAUGCACCUUCCGAGACUCGUACAUUUGCCACUGAGCCGGCGACGUCUGACUUUGUAGAUGCCGCUGAAAAGAUUGUUAGCCUCAUCGCUAAAGAGGCGUGUGCUCCCUCUGUUCCUGCGGAGGACAUACGCGAGCCCGUCGACAUGAAUAUCCUCCCAGCAAGCGUCACAGCGUCUAUCCAGCCCGUUCCCGACCCCACUCCAGAUGUUAUAGCAGAGAAGAUUGUCUCUGAAAUCAUUACUGCCGCCGAUGAUGAUCUUUACAAUAACACUGUGAGCGUUGUUGAAAGGCUGGAGGAGCCGGAGGACUCUGACGUGGGUGUAGUCUGUACAGCACUGCAGGAUCCAUCUCUCGUUGAGUCUGUGAAGAGACUUGAAGAGCCUGCUGUUGAGUACGAUGUUCCUGUUGAGCCGGUCUACGCCACCGCUCCAAGCGCCUUUGCCAAGCCAGACACAGGCGUGGCCGAGGUCCUGAAGGAGGAGGAACCUGCCGUUGAAGCCAACACGUAUGAGGCAGAGCCCGUUCUUGCUGCACCCAUCCAGCCUGACGUGUAUGCCAAUAAGACCUUUGACUCCUCAGUUGUGCGCCCUGUAGAGGGUGUAACCCAGCUAAUGCUUUGCGUUGAGAGAGGCGAUCUUGAGGGUGCCAAGUAUUAUAUCAAUGAGGCAAGGUCCUCUGACUCCUUCGGAAAGACUGCUCUGAUGCGUGCCGCUGAACUUGGCAAUUCGGAGCUAGUCGAGCUUCUUGUCGGAUACGAGGCUUGCCUGCAGGACAUUGACGGAUGGACUGCGCUCAUGUUUGCCGUCCACAGCCGUAAUACAGAGUGUGUUCGUCUCCUUGAGCCUCGUGAGCACGGGAUGAGGCUCGCCAACGGACAAACUGCACUGAUGAUGGCCUCCUUCUGGAACAAUUCCGAUGCCGUCUCCAUACUAGCUUCGAGGGAAUCGCGCGCGAGAACGACGGAGAGGUACUUUGAAGGCGAGGGAUUCACAGCGCUCAUGGAGGCUGCAAGGUGGGGACGCCACGAUAUUGUGAAGCUGCUUCUUCCGCACGAGGGCGACAUGCGUGAUUCCAGCGGGAAGACCGCACUUGAUCACGCCCGCAUUUCUGCCCAUUCAGUUAGUCAGGUUGACAGAGACGAGUGCAUUGCCAUUCUCAGUGGUUCAUCCGCCUGUUGA